AUCUUUGGUUGGUGGGUUUGUCGGAUCUUGGCUUAAUAUUGAAAUGUCGGCCAGUUUUGGGAUCCAGGGGUGCAGAAUUUCCACGGAAGAACACGUUAAUGGAGACUCCCACAACAAUGGCAUCGAAUUGUGGAUAACGUGGGGGUAUUAUUGUCUUUUCGUCCCCAGCAAUUUAAGGCCUUCGCGCUCGCUUCCUGGACAUUUUCAAACCGUCGCUCUUGGAGGGUUCUUGUUCCUGAGAUUUUCCCCCACCGGAGCCACGUGUUAAUUCUUCUCGAGAAUAACUUAGGAUACUUCUGUAUAAAAGGUGGAAAGGCACCAGUAGUAGCGGAAGAAGGCGCCAACAAGAACCAGAGGGAGAGUACGGAGGAGAAAGAUGAUGUCGCCGUCCAUGAACAUUUACCCGCUCUCCAGCUACUCCUUCUUCAACGAUGGCCCCGAGAUCGUAAAGGACAGUUCCGUCUCCAAUCGUCUCGCCCGCAUGAAAGCCAAAUACUCGGAAGAAGGCAUGAUGAGAACCACUGUCGAAGGGAUAUUACUGAUUGGAGCUUUUAGGCAUCCACAUGUUAUACUAAUGCAAAUGGGGAACACUCACUGCAAACUUCCUGGAGGUCGUCUUAGGCCAGGAGAAAACGAUAUUGAAGGAUUGAAAAGGAAACUUUCCAACAGGCUCGGGCCUCGUUCUCCUGAACAGCCUGAUUGGCAGAUCGGAGAUUGUGUGGCGAAGUGGUGGAGGCCAGACUUUGGUCCGGAUAUGUACCCUUAUUGCCCUCCAAACGUCACAGAACCGAAAGAAUGCAGGAAACUCUUCCUGGUCCACCUAUCAGAAAAAGAUCAGUUUGUAGUGCCCAAGAACUGGAAAUUCUUAGCAGUUCCCUUUUUCGUUCUCCACAGCAAGCAGCAAUGUUACGAGACAGUUCUCCAUGCUUUACCUCGGCAGCUAUCAAGGUUUCAGUUCAACGUCGUCUCACCAUCUGCUCAGGACAGUGGAGAGGAAUGCUCAGAACAAAACUUGUCUACUUCUUAGCUGAUGUAGUUUCACAUAUAUGCUGUCCUUGUCUGAUCUCAUACUAUUGUACAUGCCAUUCGACCGGAACUUGGUAGUUUAGGAUUCAGUAGAAAAGACAGAAGCUGGGCCAUUUUCUCAGAUUAACUCAGGCUGUUGUGUAGAACUAAAAAAUGGGAAGAAUAUGACAAUCUGGGUUUC